UUUCUCUUCCCUUCUCUUCUCUUAGUCAUAUCUCUUCCUCAUCAUCAGUGAUUAUUUUUCUCUUCUCCCUUGUUAGCAAUGGCGGGUGGAGUCAUUGGAAAGGGGUCCGGCAAUGGGAAGCAAUAUCCGGGAAAACUCACUUUCCGGGUUUUUGUGACGUGCAUGGUUGCUGCAUUCGGAGGACUAAUUUUUGGAUAUGAUCUUGGCAUCUCAGGUGGAGUUACAUCGAUGGAUCCUUUUCUGAAGAAAUUUUUUCCAGACGUGUAUGCAAAGGAGAUGAACAUGAAGCCAUCUGACAAUCAGUAUUGCAGGUUUGACAGCCAGGUUUUGACACUCUUUACAUCCUCCCUGUAUCUGGCUGCUCUGGUGGCAUCACUCUGUGCGUCUUCCAUCACUCGAAUCUUUGGAAGGCGUCUUACCAUGUUAUCCGGCGGUAUUCUGUUCCUCGUGGGUGCCGGUUUCAAUGCCUUUGCUCAGAAAGUGUGGAUGCUCAUUGUUGGUCGCAUGUUACUUGGCUUCGGAAUUGGAUGUGCCAAUCAGUCUGUUCCAAUCUAUGUGUCGGAGGUUGCUCCUUACAAAUACAGAGGAGCCCUUAACAUGAUGUUCCAAUUGGCCAUCACCAUUGGAAUCUUUGUGGCCAAUGUCCUCAACUAUUUCUUCGCCAAGAUGAAGAACGGUGAAGGCUGGCGCUACAGCUUGGGUUUCGCGGCUGUCCCCGCCGUCAUGAUCAUCAUCGGCGCAAUCUUUCUCCCCGACUCGCCGAGCUCCUUGAUCGAGCGUGGCAAAGAUGAGAAAGCCAAGCAAGAGCUGAUCAAGAUUAGAGGAACCAGUGACGUGGACGAAGAGUUCAAGGACCUUGUUGAGGCGAGUGAAUCGUCCAUGGCAGUGAAACACCCAUGGGCCACUCUGUUGAAGAGGCAUUAUAGGCCUCAGCUCGUGAUGGCCAUAGCCAUUCCUUUCUUCCAGCAACUCACUGGCAUGAACGUCAUUACUUUCUAUGCUCCUGUUUUGUUCAGAACCAUUGGUUUUGGCAGCAACGCUUCUCUUAUGUCUUCCAUGAUCACCGGUGGCUUUAAUGCGCUUGCUACCUUUGUUUCAAUCUUUACCGUUGACAAAGUUGGAAGGCGCAAGCUCUUUCUCGAAGGCGGUGCUCAGAUGUUUAUUUGUCAGAUUGUGAUAACCGCAGCGAUAGCAAGUAAAUUUGGAGUGGAUGGAAACCCUGGAAUCUUGCCAAAAUGGUAUGCGUUCCUUGUGGUGGGAUUUAUAUGCAUCUAUGUCAUGGGAUUUGCAUGGUCAUGGGGUCCUCUUGGAUGGUUGGUUCCUAGCGAGAUAUUUCCCCUUGAAGUCAGAUCUGCAGCUCAGAGUAUAAAUGUGUCCGUCAAUAUGAUUUUCACAUUUGCAAUUGCUCAAGUAUUCACCUCUAUGCUCUGCCACAUGAAAUUUGGCCUCUUCAUCUUCUUUGCUUUCUUUGUUUUGGUCAUGAGCGGUUUUAUUCAUAAGUUUCUUCCUGAGACUAAGGGAGUUCCCAUUGAAGAGAUGUCUGUUGUGUGGCAAAACCAUUCUUUUUGGAAGAAAUUUGUCAAGUCUGCAAGUGAAGAAGCUAAUGCCAAGGUGGAUAACUCGUGUUGA